AUGGCUCAGAUCACAGACCUACCCGUGGAGCUUAUGCUGCAGAUCUUUGGCUGCUGGGGCCACUCUGUCCAAGAACUGAGCGCUCUCAGCCGCUGCAGUCGACUCCUGCACUGGAUGGCCUUUGAUCACCUGUUCACCAAAGCUUUCCAGUGGCGUUGCACCAACCACGGAAAUCAGCCCCGCAUUGUUUUCAUGAGAUUGGUAGCCCAUGCCAUCAAGUGCGACUCUCAACACAUAGCGCAGUGGCUCUGCUACCAGGAGCUACAUGUGAGCGAGCAGCUCAACGGCAUCUUACCCCCCGGCUGGAGGUUUUCCGAGACGGUCACAUACCUCCACCUCGCCAUCCUCGGGGACGCCCCCAGGGUGGCAAACCACCUGGUCAGAUACGGCACCGACGUGUGGGAGGGCGGAGGCGACUAUCCCGACAUCACCCCGCUGUACCUCGCCAUCGCAAACCCGCGCGGCGCCCGGAAGGGCCUGGACGCCGCCCUCCGCAUCGCAUGCAGCUACGCCCUGCCGCGGACCUGCCGGUACCUCCUGACCAGGGGCGCAGACCCAAACACCCCGAGCCGGUUCGGGCUGGCCGCCAUCCACCUCGCCGUCCGGAGGAGGCUGCCCUGGCGCAACUUUGACGCCCUGCGCGGCCUGGUCCACGGGGACGCUUCGUCUUCUUCGCCUGCAUCCGGGUGGGACGCCUCUCUGACCCAGACAGCCGACGUCCUGCUGCGGUUCGGCGCCGACCCGAGCCUGCGCUCCGACACGCCGCGGGCGCACCCCUGCGGGCCCGGGUGCUGGCGCUCCCCGGACUGCGAGCACCGCGGCCAGGCGGUCCUGCACCACGCGUGCGGCGGCGCGCCGCGGGAGGUGAUCGCCCUGCUGCUCAGCCACGGCGCGGACCCGCGCGCGCCCGACGGCGACGGCUACCUCCCGCUGUUCGCGGCCCUCUGCCACGACCACGGCGGCGUGGCCAUGCUGCUGCUCGAGGACGACGCAUGCGCCGACCCGGCCAACCCCGUAGUCGUGCAGCCACACCAGAGCACGGCGCUGCACAUCGCGUGCCGCUUUGCGUGUGAGGAGGCGGUGGCGUUCCUGCUCGACCGCGGCGGGGCGGACGUCAACGCUACCGACGCCCGAGGGCAGACGCCCCUCCACGAGCUGCUGGGCCAGGUCUGCCCCGGGAUGGAGGGGCGCGUCGUCGGCGUCCUCCCGCUGCUCGACGCCCACGGCGCCGUGGCUGACAUCAGGGACCACGGAGGCGCGACUGCGCGGCAGGUGGCGAGGGCGCACCCGUUUCUCUUGGUCCGGCAGUUCUUUGACCCUCCGGUCGUCGACACCCGGGCUUACGCACACUUUGAGGAGCCCCAGAACUGCACGUGGGAGCCGGCUGCUACUGCUGUCUCACCUCGCAGAUCCCACCGGCCUUCCAGGCGCCACAGGGGCACACGCGUGCGGCCAGAGGCGCGGGGGGCAAAUAGCAGCAGCUGCGAGUCUUUUCCCCUCUUGGACUUGGACGGCCCCCCUCCGCCGGCCCGGGACGGGGUCGCUCGGGUGGCGCCCACACCCGGCUCCGUGUGGCUGGACUGGGAGACGACGGAUCGGCUCAUGGUCCCAGCACCACCACCUCCACCUCCACCUUCUUAUCCGCCUGCGAGGCAUCAACGGAGGACGAACAGGCGCGAACCAGGUCCCCGGAAGGCAGCAGUAGCAGCAGGCCUGGACGACGGUGGAAAGCCAUCAUCACGUGCACCCGCCGUGAGUGGCGAGGAGGAAACCUCCCGUAAAGUAUCAGAGUCGGCCAAGUUCUGGGGUACCCUGGCAUCAUCGCGGCAGGAAAAGCCCAGCCGCCAAAAAGCUGAAGCAGCGCGGGGAGAAGAAGGAUGGAAAGAAAACAACCGGGGUGGUGUUGCCGGUCGUCGCAAACGAGGGGACAAGUGGGCCCCUCUGGAUGUCUCCGAGUCCUGGUGGUGA